AUGUGUAGAGAGCAGCUAUGUGUAGAAAGCAGCUGUAUUGGAGGUGAAUACUGCCCCCUUGUGAUAGUAACAGCAAACCAUCCCAUGACAAUGGACCAUGUAGAGAAGAAUGUCAAGAAAAGAAAAUAUAGUGAGGAUUUUUUACAUUAUGGUUUUACCUCAAUAAUUACAACAGGAAUUGAGAAACUGCAAUGUGUUAUUUGUUGUGUAAUUCUAUCAGCCGAAUCUAUGAAGCCAAACAAACUAAAACACCAUUUUGAUAGCAAGCAUCCGAGCUUUGCCGGCAAGGAUACCAACUAUUUUAGAAGUAAAGCUGAUGGACUCAAGAAAGCCAGACUUGACACUGGUGACAAGUACCACAAGCAAAACAUAGCAGCCAUUGAAGCUUCAUAUUUGGUGGCACUCAGAAUCGCCAGAGCUAUGAAACCUCACACCAUUGCUGAGGAUUUACUGUUGCCAGCAGCCAAGGACACUGUUCGAGUUAUGAUCGGAGACGAAUUUGUUACAAAAUUGAGUGCAAUUUCCUUAUCUAAUGACACUGUCCACAGAAGAAUGGAUGACAUGUCUGCUGAUAUUCUUGAUCAGGUAAUCCAGGAAAUUAAAUCUGCUCCACUUCCAAUAUUUAGUAUCCAGCUUGAUGAAUCUACAGACAUUGCAAACUGUUCACAGUUACUGGUUUACAUGAGGUAUAUUAGUGAUGACGACUUUAAAGAUGAGUUUCUUUUUUGCAAACCUCUUGAAACGACAAUUACUGCACGUGAUGUAUUUGACGCAGUUGGUUCAUUUCUGAAAGAGCAUUGGGAAAAGGUUUGUGGUGCUCCAGCUAUGCUAGGAUGUCGAUCUGGAUUUCAACGUUUGGUACUGAAUGAGUCACCAAAAGUCAUCGGAACUCACUGUAUGAUUCAUCGGCAAAUAUUAGCAACGAAGACACUGCUACAAAAGUUACAAGAAGUAAUGAAAAGCGUCAUAAGUUGUGUCAAGUUUGUAAAGGUGAGCACUUUAAACAGUCAACUCUUUUCGCAACUGUGCAGCGAGUUGGAUGCGCCAAACAAUGCUCUGCUAUUUCACACUGAAGCGAGAUGGUUAUCAAGAGGAAAACUUUUAAACUCUUUUGAGCUUCAUGAUGAACUCAAAACGUUUUUUAAUCAAAAAGCAAGACCGCAGUUCAAAGCACUGUUCGGCGAUAAAAGUGAACUGCAGAAAAUAGCUUACUUGGUUGACAUCUUUGCCAUCUUGAAUGAGUUAAAUUCAUUAAAUUUAUCACUGCAAGGAAUGUAA